CCUUCCUCAACAAAUCAUCAACGAUCGAUAUCAACUCUAAUAUAUCCAGCCUCUACUCCAAAUUCACCAAAUGGGCAUUCAAGGACUAUUGCCAUUCCUCAAAUCCAUUCAACGAUCCUCUCAUAUCAAGGAAUGGGCCGGUAAAACCCUCGCUAUCGAUGCUUACGUUUGGUUACAUCGAGCAGCAUAUGGAUGUGCACAAGAAUUAUGCCUUGGAACACGGACAACAAAACAUAUCGAUUAUGUAAUGGCAAGAGUGGACUUAUUACGACAUCAUGGGGUUAUACCUUAUGUGGUCUUUGAUGGUGACGCGCUUCCAGGGAAAAGAGGAACGGAAGAAGCACGAGAGAAAAGAAGACAAACCAAUUUAGCACUUGCAAAUUCACUUUUAUCAGAAGGAAAAAAAGAAGAAGCAAGAGAAGCAUUUGUAAAAGCAACGGAUAUCACACCUCAAAUAGCUCAUGAUAUAAUCUUAUCAUUAAAAGAAGCUGGAGUCAAAUAUGUAGUAGCACCAUAUGAAGCAGAUGCACAAUUAAGAUUCUUAGAACUUCAUGGUCAUAUAGAUGGAAUUUUAACAGAAGAUUCAGAUUUAUUAGUUUAUGGUGCCAAAAACGUUUUAUUUAAGCUAGAUCCACUUGGGCAUUGUAUACAUAUUUCUAGAGAUGAUUUUGGUAAAGUUAAAGAUACUCAAUUAUCACUUUGGACUGAUACCGAAUUUCGUCAAAUGGCUAUCUUGAGUGGUUGUGAUUAUCUACCUAGUAUACAUGGUUUAGGAUUGAAAAAAGCCUAUCAGCUCAUCAAAACUUACAAAUCAGCAGAAAGGGCUAUCAAGGCUACAAGACUAGAAGGCAGCCUCAAAGUUCCAUUAGGCUAUGAAGCCCUUUUCCGACGUGCUGAACUUACUUUUUUAUACCAAAUCGUCUACGACCCCACAACACGCAAACUGGUACACCUUCAUCCGCUUCCAUCAUCCCAACCCAAUCCUGAGGACCUCGUGAGCUGUGGUGAAUUCUGGGAAGACCAAGUUGCGGUGGCCGUAGCCGAAGGGCGCGCCGAUCCUUUCACAAAGACGACCUUCCAGUCAAGUAUCAAUGUCCUACCCUCCGUGUCUACUUCUCGCUUUAUCGAGAGAUCAAGGCCAUCUCAAAGAUCACAUCCUUCAUCGAAACCCACCGCUAUUCCAAAUCAGCGUACACUGAAGAGUUUCGCUUUUACUGCAUCGCCCGAGGUCAAUAGCAAAGCUCGCCUGGCAUCCUCAGCCGAACUCUCUGCCGGUCAAGGUGCACUGCAUCCCAUCGAAAACUCGAUUCUUCAGCCGACCUUGCCACAGACCUCCAAGCCAUUGAGCAGCAAGUUUUUCGCCGCUGGAUCAAAAGAUCAAGAUGAAAAUGUUCCAACUCCACCUUUUGUACCUAUAGAAACAUCGAGUAGUACUUUAACUUUUGACGAACUGGUUCCAGAAGAUGCUGAACCAUUAUCACAAGAAGCUUGGAGUGAAAUCUCGGAAACAGGUGGAUCAGAU